AGCAGACGACGUGUGCUAAAGUUUGCUCCACACACGCACCCACUCGCCGCUGAGCGCUACGCGUAUACAGACGUGUAUGAAACAAGCGAUCUCUGAUCACACUAUGUCACCAACAGCAACUAAGAUGAAAACAUCAGUGAACCUAGAAGAAAACACCGCUGACGCAUUGAGCCCAACAAAAAGGAAGGAUUUGCUUGGAAUAGAUGCUGAAACUGAAAGUGAAAACGCUUUAAAGGAAAAACCUGGAACUGUGGUAGUUCGAGAGCAAUGGAGUAGCAAGUUGGAUUUCUUACUCGCGCUGAUUGGGUUCUCCGUCGGCCUUGGCAAUGUGUGGAGGUUUCCGUACUUGUGUUAUAAAAAUGGAGGAGGUGCGUUCCUUAUCCCGUAUCUGAUAUGUCUGGUUGUUGGGGGUGUACCUCUACUUCUCCUGGAGCUAGGACUGGGUCAAUUUAUGGCCCAGGGAGGCAUUGGUGUCUGGAAACUUUCUCCACUUUUCAAGGGUAUUGGAUUGGCAAGUGUGGUCAUCGUCACCCUUCUCAACAUCUACUACAACGUGAUCCUAGCAUGGGCUCUUUACUACAUGUUCAUGUCAUUUACAUCAGUGUUACCGUGGUCCCACUGUAACAAUCCAUUCAACACGGAUAUCUGUAAAGAUCCAACUGGGUAUGGUGUACAGGGAACUGACCUCUGGAGAUGCGAUUACAUCAAUAAGAAUGAGACAUAUCCAACUGAUGUUCCGCUAAUAACCGACUUGACAAAUGCCACUGAUGACCAGCUGAAUUGUGCGAUGCUUGGAGAAGUGAACAGGACAGGCUCUGUGACAGAAUUUUGGGAGCGCAAGAUCUUACAAAUUCACUUGUCAAGUGGACUUGACGACCUUGGUUCAUUCAACUGGCAGCUGACGUUAUGUUUACUGCUAGCUUGGGCCUUGGUUUAUCUGUGUGUAUUCAAAGGAGUCAAAAGCUCUGGAAAGGUGGUUUAUUUCACUGCAACGUUCCCGUACGUUCUGAUCACCAUUCUGUUGAUAAGAGCAGUUACUUUGGAAAACGCUUCGGAAGGGUUGAUAUAUUACCUGAAACCUAACAUAACCAGGCUACAAGAUGGGCAGACUUGGCUUGAUGCCGCCACCCAGAUCUUCUUUUCCUACUCUCUGGGGCUUGGUAACAUGGCUGCCUUGGGUAGCUACAAUGCAUUCAAUCACAACUUCUUCAGGGAUGGAGUCAUCUUUGCUGUGGUGAAUAGCAGCACAAGUUUAUACUCUGGAGUGGUUAUCUUUGCUAUACUUGGCUUCAUGGCUGGCCAACAGGGUGUACCAGUGGCUAAUGUAGUCAAAUCGGGUCCUGGUCUAGCCUUCAUAGCAUACCCAGAAGCUGUCUGCCAGAUGCCAAUCUCAACCUUAUGGGCCAUCUUAUUCUUCUUCAUGCUCCUCCUACUUGGAAUCGACAGUGAGUUUGUUGGGGUUGAGGGAAUGGUGACGGCCAUUGUUGACUUCUUUCCCAGUUUGCAUAAAGGCAAACGACGGCCACUCUUUGUCCUCUUACUCUGCUUUCUGAUGUUUCUGGCUGGUCUACCAAUGACAUGUUCGGGAGGAAUGUACGUAUUCCAGUUGUUUGAUGCUUAUGCUGCCAGUGGAUUUGCACUACUGUGGGUUGCCUUCUUUGAAGCUGUUGUUAUUGGCUGGGUGUACGGUUCCAACAAAAUGUAUGAUAAUUUCAAUGAGAUGUUAGACUGGCGUCCAAGUCCUUACUUGAAAGUUUGCUGGAUGUUCGUCACGCCUGCCUUCACUUUGGGUGUAUUCAUCUUUAGUUGUGUGAGUUUUAAACCAUUAGAAUACAAUGACUACGUCUACCCAGCCUGGGGCCAGGCAAUUGGAUGGAUUAUGGCUGCUUCAUCCAUGGUACAAGUCCCUAUCUUCUGUAUAUAUCAGAUGCUCUCAACUAAAGGAACAUUCCGAGAGCGCUGGGUUUUGUUAACUACUCCUAGACACAGUCAGAGUUUUCCAUCAAGUUAUGAUGCAGAGAGCAUUCCUGUACAAGAUAUAGGCCUAUCAUCAGCCACCACCAGACUACCUAUGGAGCAAGAGAACACUGAUCCUCCUCCAUAUGAUGAAACUAUCGUCCAAACGGGAGAACAAGGAGAUUUGCUAUUUGACUACAGAGAAAAAUAGUCAUAACAGUCCGCUGAUUUAAGUCAACAAAUUCUUUUAAAAGUUUCCUGAUGGGAUGUGUGCAUCGAUCUCACUGCAUUCUUGCCAUCACAUGACAAUGCUGUUACCAUGACAACUCAUCAUCAUCUCCAUCGUCACUACCACCAUCAUGUUCGCCAUCAACCAGGGACUCUGACCCAAAAUAUAUUUUUUCAUUUCAGAUACAUUUAUUUCAUGUCAACAUCAAUCAAUACAUAGUGUGAUAAU